ACGCUGUUUUUCUCUCGUGGGAUCCGGUUUUUCUCUGGUGGCUUGCUUCUUCUUGCUUGUUCUUGCUGCUUCGACGAGAGAUUUAAGUGUUCUUUUCCUUCUUUUUUUCACCUCGUGGAUGGUGAACAUGUUUAGUCGAUUCUUGGAGCUUAAGUGCCUGUUCUAUAUGAGUGCCAUGUUCUUCAUUUGAUCCCCUCUUCUUUACCUCGCGCUGGAAUUUAGCAUUUCAGUAAUUUCUGCUGCUUGCUUGCGCAGGAAAUAGCAAGUAGGAGGGAUUUGGGCUUUUAACUCCCAGUUCGCUACGUAACCCACUGUUGAUUUGGUUUGGGAUGGGAUUAUUAUAAAGUUGUGAUAACGUCACGGUUUUGCAGGCAUUUCUAUUGUACCAGUAAGGAGGUCGCUUGGUAGUGGUUCAUUUCAGUGUGAAUUUGGUUGUAUGCAUGAUAUUAGAUGCGCUUAUGAAAAUAAUAUUUCUUCUUGUUGAACCAAGUGGAGCAUUCUUCUGAAGUUCCCACUAGUGGAAGAGCUCAGGAUAGGGAAUGGAGCAGUACGAAGUUUUAGAGCAGAUUGGAAAGGGUUCCUUUGGUUCUGCUCUUCUCGUGAGGCAUAAGCACGAAAAGAAGAAAUAUGUCCUUAAAAAGAUUCGUCUUGCUCGCCAAACUGAUAGGGCCCGUCGAUCUGCUUACCAAGAGAUGGAGCUUAUAUCUAAAGUACGUAACCCUUUUAUUGUGGAGUACAAAGAUUCCUGGGUAGAAAAGGGUUGCUAUGUUUGCAUAAUAAUAGGUUACUGCGAGGCAGGAGACAUGGCAGAAGCUAUAAAAAGGGCUAACGGAAACAAUUUUCCAGAAGAGAAAAUUUGCAAGUGGCUGGUGCAACUCCUCAUGGCACUUGAUUACUUGCAUUCAAAUCAUAUUCUCCACCGUGAUGUCAAGUGUUCAAAUAUAUUUUUGACAAAGGAUCAGGACAUACGCCUAGGUGAUUUUGGUCUUGCCAAAUUAUUAACUUCUGAUGAUCUUGCUUCUUCGGUUGUUGGUACUCCUAGUUAUAUGUGCCCAGAGCUUUUGGCAGAUAUACCAUAUGGUUCAAAAUCAGAUAUUUGGUCUCUAGGAUGCUGCAUAUAUGAAAUGACUGCUCACAAACCUGCAUUUAGAGCUUUUGAUAUGCGAGCUCUCAUUAACAAGAUAAAUAAAUCUAUUGUGGCUCCAUUGCCGACAAUGUACACUGGUGCCCUGCGAGGGCUCAUCAAGAGUAUGCUGCGGAAAAAUCCUGAGCUAAGACCCAGUGCUGCAGAGUUGCUCAAUCAUCCCCAUCUUCAACCUUAUGUUCUUAAGAUUCAUCUCAAAUUGAAUAGUCCGAGAAGGAAUACUUACCCCAUGAGCUGGUGUCAGUCUAAUUAUAUGAAGAAAAUUAGAUUUGUGGAGCCAGAAGCUGUUUCCAUUUCAGUAGAUAGAGAAAAGAGGUGGUCAUUCAGUAAUGACCGGACCUUGAAUCCUAGCAUUUCUGGAACUGAACAUGAUUCUUUCUACUCUAUGCGAAGAGCAUGGAAUUUCUCCGUUAUUACUGAUAAGUUUGCAGAGUUAUCAGUUGACUAUUCUUCAGAAGAAGAUGUGACCUUGAACUCCAAAUUCACAAAGCUUCCGAGUAUAGCCAAAAGCCCAAGAUUGAACCCAGCAAAAACUUUUGCUGCUCCCAGGAGGCAGUCAACUACGUCAAAAACAUCCCACAUGGGUCCAAAACGCGAAGUGCAUCUGCAGUCACGGACUCCAAGAAAUACUUCUCAACUAUCACGCAGAGUCUCUCUUCCAUUAUCAGCAACAUCCUUGGCUUCUGCAACUCCAUACAGGACAAGUGCAGGCCUCCUUCACAGAAUCCAGUCUCCAGACGUCUCUGUUAAUGCCCCGCGAUUCGACAAGAUUGCAGAAUUUCCCUUAACAUCUCCUGAAGACUCCCUUUUACCCAUUCCUAGAACUUCUUCAACGUCUCCUCAGUGCUCGUCCGCCUCACCUGAGACCGUCCGUUCAAUCACUAAGGACAAGUGCACAGUCCAGAUUCUCGAUAAGGCCCACCAUGCUGAGCAUAACCACAAAGGUGAUGUUGCGAGCCAUUUAUCUUUCGAGUCGCGGCAGUUCCGGUUCGACACCUCGUCGUACCAGCAACGAGCUGAGGCAUUGGAAGGGUUGCUGGAAUUCAGUGCGCGGCUUCUGCAGCAGCAGAGGUUUGAUGAGCUUGGUGUGUUGCUAAAGCCAUUCGGACCCGAGAAGGUCUCGCCCAGAGAAACUGCUAUUUGGCUGGCCAAGAGCUUUAAGGAUACUACAGUGAAGUGAGCUGCUGAUUCUGAGUGAAUGGCAAUAUACUUGUACAUGACCUCUUCGGUGUCUUUAGGUUUACGAGUCUUAGAUUACGAGGUAGUAUGCGGUAUGUAUGGCAUCUGGAGAAAUGGAAAUUUUUACAGAAUGCGCUAGGAACUUACUUCGGGUGGUUUUUACUGAUGUGGGGCUUGAAUCUUGAUGUAUUUGGAUUUCUAUAUAAAUUGAAUGUGGUGUUCUUGGAUUGCUUUUGAUA